GAUAAAUAAAGCAAACUGUGAAGAGACAACAAGGAUGUCUUGCAACGUAGGAGUAGAUCCGUUGAAGGUGAACUACGCGGUGACGGAACCAGGAGAAGAAGUGGUGAUUACUGGCAUCUCUGGGAGGUUUCCGGAAAGUAACAACAUAAUAGAGUUGAAAAACAAUUUAAUGAACAAGGUAGACCUUAUCACGGAUAACUAUUCAAGAUGGAGACAAGAACAUGGGGAAAUUCCAAAGGGCGGUGGUAAGAUAUCUGGCUUAUCCAAGUUCGACGCUAUCUUCUUCGGCGUCCAUUACAAACAAGCUCAUACGUUGGAUCCUAUGUGUCGGAUUUUACUGGAGAAGGCAUACGAAGCCAUCGUCGAUGCAGGAUUAAAUCCUAAACAGCUCAAAGGGACCAAUACGGGAGUUGUUAUAGGAUCUUGCAUCAGUGAGUCAGAGAAGACUUGGUUCUACGAAAAAUUACAAGCGAAUGGUUUUGGUAUUACUGGAUGCAGCAGAGCCAUGUUGGCCAACAGGAUCUCCUAUUUUUUUGGUUUACAUGGUCCAUCUUACUCGAUUGAUACAGCUUGCAGUUCUAGCUUAAUCGCAUUGGACCAAGCUUACAGAUUGAUACGAACUGGGGUAUGCGAUACUGUGAUCGUCGGAGCAUCCAAUCUUUGUCUUCAUCCCUAUGUAUCUCUUCAGUUCGCUCGUCUCGGUUUAUUGUCCGCUGACUGUCAUUGCAAAUCCUUCGACGCAAGAGCGAAUGGGUACGUCCGCAGUGAGGCUAUCGGCGUGAUCAUUUUGCAGAAGGCGAAAAACGCAAAGAGAAUUUACUCGCAGGUCGUCUACACGAAAAGCAACUGCGAUGGCUACAAGGAACAAGGAAUCACAUUCCCUGCCAGUAACGUUCAGAAAAUGCUUCUGACAGACUUCUACAAAGAGUGCAAGAUAUCUCCUAAUGAACUGGCUUUCUUGGAGGCUCAUGGUACCGGAACUACCGUCGGUGAUCCUGAAGAAUUGAAUGCUAUUGACAAAGCCAUCUGCCAGAACAGAACCACUCCUCUCAAAAUCGGUUCGAUUAAGUCGAAUUUGGGUCAUACUGAACCCGCCAGUGGUCUCUGUUCAGUAGCUAAGAUUGUUAUUGCGAUGGAAAGUGGCUUGAUCCCACCAAAUAUAAACUUCAAAAGUCCCAUGAAAGGCGUGACGUGCUUCGACGAAGGAAAGGUCGAAGUAGUUACAGAACCAACCCCAUGGAAGGGUGGUUACGUAGGAAUCAAUUCGUUCGGUUUCGGUGGAGCCAACGCUCACGUCUUAUUAAAAUCCUACACGAAGGAGAAAGUGAACAAUGGUGCACCCUCUGACGAUUUGCCUAGAUUAGUAGUAGUAUCAGGACGUACGCAAGAAGCAGUAGAAACUCUCCUCGAUCAUAUCGAAAGUAUACCAGUGGACGUGGAGUACAUUCGACUUUUGCACGAUAUUCACUCCGAAAAUAUAACUGGCCAUCUAUUUAGAGGGUACACAAUAGUUGGAUCUAAAACAUCAGAAAAACCACCAAGAGACAUCCAAGAGUAUUCUGGCAUAAAGAGACCAAUUUGGUUUGUGUUCUCUGGAAUGGGAUCACAAUGGCCUGGCAUGGGUGAAUCAUUGAUGAGAUUCCCCAUCUUCGCAAAGGCCAUUCAGAAAUGUGACGCGGUAUUAAAACCACAUGGUAUCGAUAUCGUUAAUAUCAUCACCAACAAGGACAAGAAAACUUUCGAUAAUAUUUUGAACUCGUUCGUUGGAAUCGCUGCUAUUCAGAUUGGUCUCGUGGAUCUAUUAACAUCCGUGGGUAUCGAACCAGAUAAUAUAAUCGGUCACUCUGUGGGAGAACUUGGCUGUGCUUAUGCGGAUGGAUGCUUUACGGCCGAGCAAAUGGUGCUUGCAGCAUAUUCGAGAGGUUUAGCGUCUAUCGAGACCAAAAUGAUUCGAGGAUCUAUGGCAGCAGUUGGUCUUGGAUAUGAAGAGAUCAAAGAUAUGUGUCCAUCGGAUAUAGAGGUUGCUUGCCAUAACAGUUCCAAUAGUUGCACCAUAAGUGGCCCAGCUGAGUCCAUGAAGCAAUUCGUUGCCCAGUUACAGGCCAACAAGAUCUUUGCAAAGGAAGUAGCAUGCAGCAACAUAGCGUAUCACAGUCGCUACAUCGCGGACGCAGGACCAAGAUUAUUAUCAUAUUUGAAGAAAGUGAUUCCCAAGGCACAAGCAAGAAGUUCCAAAUGGUUGAGCACUUCUGUACCACGCAGUCAAUGGUACACGGAAGCUGCCAAGUAUUCUUCCGCCGAAUAUCACACCAAUAACCUGUUGAGCUCUGUCCUAUUCGCGGAAACAGCAACAAUGAUACCAUCUGACGCUAUAACCAUAGAAAUUGCACCUCAUGGUCUGCUACAGGCAAUUUUAAAGAGAUCCUUAAGUCAGUCUGUAACGAAUAUUGCACUGACUCAGAGAGGCCAUAAUGACAAUGCUGAAUGCUUCUUGCAAGCCCUUGGAAAAUUAUACGACGUUGGUCUACAGCCACAACUUGCGAAUAUUUAUCCGCACGUAGAGUUUCCUGUUAGUCGUGGCACUCCCAUGGUCUCUCCUUACAUUAGAUGGGAGCAUUCUGAAGACUGGUUCGUACCAGUGUAUACUCAACGUCAGAAGAUUACCACAGCAGAGCGAAUGAUUGAUGUAGCUCUGAAAGAUGAGAACUACGAAUAUAUAAUGCAUCAUGUGAUCGACGGAAGAAACUUAGUCCCAGCCACGGGUUACCUUAUUAUGGUCUGGGAGACGGUUAGUUUGCUGCGAGGAGCACUCUAUGACGAAGUACCAGUGGUUUUUGAGAAUGUGAAAUUCGAACGUGCAACAAACAUGCCUGAAUCCGGUUCUGUUUUAUUAACUGUCAUGGUUCAAAGAGGAUCUGGAAAAUUCGAGAUAUCAGAAGGAUCUACGACAGUAGUGACAGGAUCAAUUCGCAUACAAACGAAUCCUGCGCAGGAGAAGAUUCCAGCCAAAUUCUUGACUGAAAUCGAGGAUGAAGAAGUUCUGACUAGCAAGGAUAUCUAUAAGGAAUUAAAACUACGUGGUUACCAAUAUACUGGACCGUUCCGUUCGCUGAAGAGCGCUUCACUCAAGGGAACCAAAGGACAUAUCGCUUGGAUAAAGAACUGGGCCGUGUUUAUGGAUAAUAUGUUACAGAUGAAGAUAUUGAAUCUCGAUACCAGAGCGCUUUAUGUACCAACAGCUAUUAGGAAGCUAGUAAUUGAUGUGAAAGUUCAUUACGAAACAAUUCGGAACCUUACCGAAGAUAAUAAUGAAAUUCCAAUCUCAGUGUACAAUGACUACGAUGUCGUAAUAUCCGGCGGAAUCGAAAUCCAUGGAAUAAAGGCCAACGCGAUUCAGCAUCGAAGAUUAAUGUCUGUCCCCAUUUUGGAAGAAUAUAAAUUUAUAGCCAAUCGUGACAAAGCACAAACAUCAUUAGAAGAAAUGAUCAUCUUGUCUACGCAGCUUGCGUUGGAGAGUCACAUUAUAAACACGCCAAAGAUCCUCGAAGUGAUCGAUCAGGGAGAGAAAGUACCAACUGAAGAAACACUCAUUCCAAUCUUUAUGAAAGUAUUAAGUAACAUACCCAUGAUUCGUCCGAAUUUGACACUUGCCGCAGAAUCAGAACGAUGCGAAAAAUUAUCACUUCCUGAAAAUAUUACAGUAAUAACACCAAAGAAAUUACCGGAGGAUGCCAGUGUCUUCAUAGCAGCUGCUCAUAAUAUUCUAUCCAAUAAAACGAAUGACAUUCUGGAACAACUUCUAGCUGCAACAAUGGGUCAUGGAUUUAUCCUGCUUCGAGAAAGUGUUGUCAAUAAAGAUACUUUCUCUUAUCUAGAAGCUUGUGAUCUGAAUAUUGUACUGGAGAAGAGUUUCAAGAAUCAGACUCUGUUGCUCCUGAAGAAAGCAGAGAAGCCACCUCAGAAGACAGAAGUAAUAUACGUGAACAACAAUGAAUUCACCUGGCUGGAAGAUGUGAAGAAAGUCUUGAACAAUGAAAAAGAUAAAAAUAGAAAUGAGACGGUAAGAUUGAUACUAGUCGCAGAAGGAGAUAUGGAGAAUGGUGCCCUAGGAUUAGUUAAGUGUUUAAGAAGAGAGCCCAAUGGUGAGAUCGUGAAAACUGUAAUAAUCCAAGACGAGAACGCUCCCAAGUUUUCACUGAAAGAUCCAUUCUACUCCAAGCAGCUUGAUAUAAACAUCGGCUAUAAUGUCUUAAGACCAGGGAAAAUCUGGGGAACCUACAAACACGUGCCUUAUCCAGAGCUGCAGCCAACUUCGACUUCUCAUGGUUAUGCCAAUUUAAGAGUCAGAGGAGACUUAAGUUCCAUCCAGUGGUUGGAGGGUUGUAUAAAACCAAAUGAAAAGUGCCAGGAUAACAUCAUCAAAGUAAUAUACUCUUCGUUGAACUUCAGAGAUGUGAUGUUGGCCACUGGAAAAUUGAUGCCGGAAGCUAUAGUGAAGAAUCGAGAAAUGAGCGAUUGCCUGAUUGGUUUUGAGUUCAGUGGAAUCGACUCUAAUGGAAGACGCAUGAUGGGUUUUGUCGAGAGCAAGGGUAUAUCAAACCUAGUUACUCCCUAUACAUUCAACCUGUGGCCAGUGCCAGAUGAAUGGUCCCUGGAGGACGCAGCAACUGUUCCGUCUGCCUACUUUACCGUUUUCUACGCCUUUUAUUACUUUGGAAAAUUAAGGAAAGGUGAGAAGGUGUUGAUUCACAGUGGAAGCGGUGCAGUAGGUCAAGCUGCUAUCAACGUGGCUCUUGAUGAAGGAUGUGAAGUGUUCACGACAGUAGGAACACCUGAAAAACGGAAAUAUAUCAGAGAAACGUUCCCUAGUAUAGAUGAUGAUCACAUUGGAAAUUCCAGAGAUACCAGCUUCGAACAGAUGAUAAUGAAACAGACACAUGGAAAGGGAGUAGACAUAGUUUUAAAUUCCCUGGCUGAAGACAAGCUCCAGGCAUCGAUUCGUUGCCUAGGUUAUCGUGGACGUUUCUUGGAAAUCGGUAAAUUCGACAUGUCUGUCAAUAAUCAACUUGGAAUGGAAGUGUUUUUGAAAGAGAUUAGCUUUCAUGGAAUCAUCCUCGAUUCCAUGAUCCAUGGCACCUUACCUCAUAUAGGAGAAGAGGUACAUCAAUUUCUUAAAGCCCAGAUGAAGCGAAAAUGUAUCAAGCCUUUGGUAAGAAAGUGCUUUGAAAAGAACCAGUUAGAAGAAGCUUUCAGGUAUAUGGCGACAGGCAAACAUAUUGGAAAGAUUCUGAUUAAGAUAGCAGAUGACGAAACACCUUUGAAUACAAUUCUUGCUUACCCUCGCUUCAACGCUACGAGUAGCAAGAGUUACGUAAUCAUAGGUGGUUUAGGAGGAUUAGGUCUAGAACUUGCAGACUGGUUAGUCCUACGCGGUGCCAGAAACCUGGUAAUAGUUACUCGAAGCGGAAUCAAAACAGGCUAUCAGAAAUUAAGGAUAGAUAUCUGGAAAUCCUAUGGAGCGAAAAUCCUUAUAAUUUCUGGUGUAGACGCGUCAAAAACAGAUGACUGCGAAUUUAUCUUGAAAUCAGCAGAGAAACAGGCGCCUGUGGAUGGUAUCUUCAACCUUGCAGCUCUGUUGAAAGACUGUCUGAUGGUAAACCAAACUAUGGAAUCAUUUGAAGAAAGCAUGAAACCCAAAGCCGGAAUCACCAAAAAGCUGGACGAACUUUCUAGGAAGAUUUGUCCAAAUCUUCGACAUUUUGUGGUGUUUUCUUCUUUGUCAUGUGGAAGAGGAUCUGCUGGUCAAUCUAACUAUGGUAUGGGAAACGCAGUAUUAGAGAGGAUUUGCGAAAGAAGAGUGGAACAAGGUCUUCCUGGCAUGGCCAUUCAAUGGGGCGCUGUGGGGGAUGUGGGUAUUGCUGCAGAGAUGCUGGAGAACAAACAUCAGCUGGUGAUCGGUGGAACCUUGCCUCAGAAGAUAUCCUCGUGUUUAGAAGAAUUAGACAAGUUCAUGUGUCAGAAUAGACCAAUUGUGGCUAGCAUGGUGGUUGCAGAGAAAGUACCUAGUGCCAAUGAAGUCAGUAAUGUUCUUGAAGCAGUGAUGAAUAUCAUGAAUAUAAAGGAUAUGAAGACCGUGAGUCAGAAUUCUUCUUUGGCUGAGUUGGGCAUGGAUUCCAUGAUGGCUGUGGAGAUCAAACAGACACUAGAAAGAGACUUCGAGGUGUUUUUAACUGCACAAGAUAUUAGAGUCUUGAACAUUGCCAAGCUUGUAGAAAUGUCUGCAAAAGAUACAAAGAAGCAAACAAAACAAAUUAAAAAAACAACAGCAAAGGCAGAAAAAUUGAUUGGCAUGAGGUUGCUGAUGAAGACCUUGAACGUUUCCGUACUAGAUGAGCAGUAUUGCGUAGAGCUUCCAGUUAAAUGUGGUGAAAAAAGAAAUGAAAUAUUUCUCAUACCGGGUAUUGAAGGGUCUGCUGCGAUUUUCGCUGAAUUAGCAUCAAAAUUAAAAUUCCCUGCCACUUGUUUGCAAUUAGGAAUAUACAACAUUAAUGAGUCAGUGGAGGAAAUGGCUGAACGUCUUUUACCAUAUGUUUUAGCAAGGAGUAAAGGUCGCAGAGAUUUCACAAUCGUUGGCUAUUCAUAUGGAUCACUGAUAGCCAUAGAAUUAACAAGGAGAUUAGAACCUUACAUACUAAUAGGUCAACUCAUAUUAAUAGACGGAUCUCCUGAUUAUAUGAAAGCCAUAAAAUCAGAGCACCUUGCAUCGCCUACGGAAGACGAAUAUCAAAAUAAUUUUCUGAUUGAAAUAUUGAAUGUCAUCAACGCGUCAAUCAACACAGAGAUCACAUUAAAGCUGAAAAAUUGUAGUAAUUGGAAUGAAAAGUUGGAUCUAAUAACCAAAUACACAACCGACGAAAUUCAUAAGGUCUAUUCGGCAGAAACUCAAAAGAGAAUUAUAUCAUUUAUUUAUAACCGGCUCUGUGUGUUAGAUAAAUACGAUCCCUAUUCUGUACCGCCUCUUAGAACGCCUAUCAUGUUACUAGCACCAACGACACCAGCUGUGAUACUUCCAGAUUCAGAUUACGGUUUGCAGAAGUUAACUCACGGAAAAGUAGAAAUACACAAGAUCGAAGGAAAUCACAUUUCCAUAUUGGGUGAUAAGAUUACCGCGGCAGCAAUUAAUGGUGAACCUUUGGAAGAUGCGGAAACUUUCAAAGAGACCCUAAAUUUCGCAAGUUCUGAACUGGAAUUACAUGGAAAGAAUGAAAGUUUCAUGGGGUUAUCGUAAAAAUGAGUAAGAAUAAUUCAUUCUUCAAUGAUACCUAUCAUUCCACACUUUCCAUUCAUUACAAAUGAAUGAGAAACUCAAUAUUAAUGAAAUGUUGUCAUA